AUGCCGGCUGGGGACGGUUCAUCUGAAACGUCGCAACUCGUACCUCCUAGCAGCAACGCCAAUUACAGCUACAUGAAUUUAAUAAAUAAUUUCGCUGCGAUACUAUUUAAUGGAAUAAUUAUAUACUGCUGUUUUCGCGAUGGAGUAUCUCUCUUUUCGUUUCAUCCAAUACUUAUGUCUAUUGGGUGGUUAAUAUUCAUGUGCACUGCAGUCAAUGCAGUUACUCCUGGUGACUUUGCGACCGAAUGGAUGCCUAUCCGCCUACGCAGUGCAAGACAUUGGGUGUUGCAACUGGUAGCUGCAACCUUUAUUCUUACAGGUUUCAUUAUAAUAUUAACAAAUAAGAUAAUCAAUGAAACGAUGCCUAACAUUAAGUUGCAAUCAUCUGAUAAUGAGAUAUUCGAUGUCGACGUUGAAAUAGCAAAAUGCUCUGUGACUAUAAAAACUAUGUUGGAAGAUUUAGGAAUGGAUGAUGAUGAGGAAGAAGUUGUGCCACUUCCAAACGUCAAUUCGGCUAUAUUGAAGAAAGUUAUUCAGUGGGCAACCUACCAUAAAGAUGACCCUCCUUUACCAGAAGACGAUGAAAACAAAGAAAAACGUACUGAUGAUAUAUCAUCGUGGGAUGCAGAUUUUUUAAAGGUUGACCAAGGGAAUAUGAUUAAGGGAAAAACACCAGAGGAGAUUCGUAAAACAUUUAACAUUAAGAAUGACUUUACUGCUGCUGAAGAAGAGCAAGUUCGUAAAGAGAAUGAAUGGUGUGAAGAAAAGUAA